CAUAAUCUAGACUUUUUGAAUUUUACGAGACAUGCUGCUUUAACAAAAAAUCUAAAGAUUGCUCCACAACUAACAAGAAUGGUAGAUUGGGCUUUGGAAAAGUAUUUUCCUCUCAUUAAAGUAGUACGAAAUUAUCAUGAUAUUUCGAGCGAAGCAAAGGUAUCGAUACAAUAUAUCGACACAUUAAAUAUCGACUGCCUUCCUGUAACUUUUACUACGGAAAUAUCUCUCGAUUUUAACAAUUUUAUUCAUUAUAUGGUAUGCGUGUCAAAAGAUUUAAAAUUAUCAUUACCAAUAUCACUUAAAAAGUAUGAUUGGAUAAUAUUCAAUAUACAACAAAUUGGAUAUUAUCGCGUGAACUAUGAUGAUGAGAAUUGGCAAAGAAUUUCGAAUUACCUAAACUCUGAUGAUUACACGAAAAUUCAUGUUCUUAAUCGUGCCCAAAUUAUCGAUGAUGCAUUUCAUUUAAUGAUAACAGGCCAACUCAAUUUCUCUAUAUUCUUGAAUCUCACCUCAUAUCUGCAUCAAGAAAAAGAUUAUAUAGCAUGGUAUCCUAUGUUCAAAGCUCUGGAAUACAUAUUUAGUACUUUUCCUGUAGCCAUGCUGGAAAAUGGUACUUGUAGUUUUACGAAUUGCAUAAAGUUGGCAUUAAUCAGGGUACUUGAAAGAAUCAAAUAUGAAGAAAUUAAUGAUACAGACCAACUUAGAAUAUGUUUACGACAAGAAGCUGCAAGAUGGGCAUGUUUUCUCGGUGACAUUACUUGUAUGAAAGUAGCCAACAUGAAAUUAAAACAACAUUGCGAACAACCUAAAACAUACAGACUUAUGCCAUGGUGGAAGGAAUGGACAUAUUGUAAAGGUUUGAUGAUAACUCCCGAAAAAGAGAAUACUUGGGAAAUUGUACUUGUUACUAUACCUGCAGCAUUAAUUAUUAUUAUUAAUAACGUAUAUUCCGUAAAUCAAACUAAGUUAAUAGAAGAAUUCGUUGAAAGAUGGAAAACGGACUUAGCAGACAUAAUUAAUAUAAUUAAUAAUACAACAAAUUUAUUUAUUAGUUGUCACGUAGAAAAGGAUCUCGCAACGCAGAAUUUUGACAGAAUUAAAAGGAAGAUAUUAAUUCGCAACAAUCAAAUCAACAGACAGAUACAAUUUUAUGAAAGCAUCCGUUUUAAUCAAUGAUAGAAAUAAAAAAAUUGCAGCUAUGCAUAGGUGAAUGUAUUUCACAUGAAUAAUUUUUUAUAUUGUAUGUACUAUUUCUUUUACUGCUUCAAUUAUUGUUUAUAUAGAUGCGUUACUAUUCGAUGCCUCUAUAUUUACUAAAUUUU